AUGUUGCAGCGUACAUCACUGCUCUGCCGCAAGGCGCUUCAGGCCUAUCCGGUGCCGCCACGUGCGCGUAACUAUGAGCGUCGCUGGAGUAGCUCUCGCACGAAUCCCUACGGCCGCAUGUUCUGGCGUACCGUCCUUAACGAGGAUUUUGCUCGUCCAUCAUUUUGGGUCUCCGAUUUCCGUCAUAAGUACCUAGUUAAGCACGGAAUGGACUACCAAGGCCGUGUGCCUGCCUCACCGGCUCCAGGCACAUAUCAGGGCUUUAGCGAUGUGCACAAGAUUCUUGCCAAUCAUCCUAAGCCGCAACGAGAAUCACGACAUCUGCCGGUGAUGCCCAUGACGCCGCGUGUCGUGUUUGAGCACGCUCAAGAGAAGCGUAUCGACUACGCGAAGAAGAUGCAUCACGACCGGCGCUUGGUUGAGCAGCUGCGCAUACACGAAUUCUGGGGCUGGUACAUGAAACUGCAGCGAGUGCGCGGACGCUGGUGUAAGGAGCAUGGAGUGUCAAGUCGUGGCGUGUACGGGCCAGCUGUAGACGCAGCGGAGCUCUGGGGAUAG